GACCAGCGUUUGAUCCGUCACAUGAAAUAUAUCAUUGGUCACUUGAUUGAGAUCUCGCUUGCCCUGUGAUCUUCAAUGUAAGUGCCAGAAGACUGAUUUCACGCGGAAGGAUCGACUCAGUGAGUCCAAUGAUGGGUCGUGGUUCAACAAUUCUCCUAGUCUUCUUGCUCUCGCUUCUCCUAAAUGUCGCCGUUCACUCUAAAACCCUCAAGCGUGACGUGAAAGCUUUGAAUGAAAUCAAAGCAUCUCUGGGAUGGAGGGUGGUGUAUGCUUGGGUUGGAGAUGAUCCAUGCGGAGACGGUGAAUUACCUCCUUGGACAGGGGUAACAUGCUCCACUGAGGGUGAUUAUCGAGUUGUCACUGAAUUGGAAGUCUAUGCUGUUUCAAUAGUAGGUCCUUUUCCCACAGCUGUAACAAACUUGUUGGAUCUCACCAGGCUGGAUUUUCAUAAUAACAAGUUGACUGGUCCUAUUCCUCCUCAGAUUGGGCGAUUGAGACGUCUUAAAAUACUUAACUUAAGGUGGAAUAAGUUGCAAGAUAUCAUUCCUCCUGAAAUAGGUGAACUAAAGAAGUUAACACAUCUCUACCUGAGUUUCAAUAAUUUUAAGGGUGAGAUCCCCAAGGAAAUUGCUAAUCUUCCUGAGCUUCGCUAUCUUCAUCUUCACGAAAACCAUUUCGUGGGAAGAAUUCCACCUGAGCUGGGCACUUUACAAAACCUUAGGCAUUUGGAUGUUGGUAACAAUCGCCUGGUGGGGACAAUUCGGGAACUCAUACGCAUUGAAGGAUGCUUUCCAGCUCUUCGUAACCUUUAUUUGAACAAUAAUUAUAUUACUGGAGGCCUUCCUUCACAACUUGCAAAUCUGACUAACUUGGAGAUUUUGUAUCUAUCAUAUAACAGGAUGACUGGAAUUAUACCACCAACCAUUGGUCGUAUUCCUAGGUUAACAUAUUUGUAUUUGGACCACAAUCAGUUCUCAGGAAGAAUUCCUGAUGCGUUCUAUAAACAUCCCUUCUUAAAAGAACUGUACAUAGAAGGAAACACGUUCCGGUCUGGUGUAAAUCCCAUUGGCGUCCACAAAGUCCUGGAGCUUUCAGACUCCGAGUUCAUAUUUUAGAAAUCAAUAAAUCUUUCUGGUUUGAAAUUGGACGUUAGAAAUUGGACGCCUUUGCAAUAUUGAAGUGAUGAAUGCCUGAGUGGUGAUAUUUACUUCAUUCUAGAAUUACACGAUGUAGAAAAUAAUUUUGGUACAUUUAGCCGUUCAGCAUUCCUAUUCUUUAAUGUAAAAUCACUUGUCACGUUUGAUUUCAGUCAUAUACCUAAUUGAUUUUUUCCCAGAUUCGCCAUCUUUAAUCUUUAAAUUUUUAAUCAUUUCAUUUA